AUGCCGGCCAAGCUCAGCAUCAACGAUGUGGAUGUCGCUGGAAAGCGGGUCUUCAUGAGGGUGGACUUCAACGUGCCACAGGACAAGGCCGACCCCACGAAGAUCACCAACACACAGCGCAUUGACGGGGCCCUGCCUACCAUCAAGAAGGUGUUGGAGAAGGGCGCCAAGUCCGUCGUCCUUGCUUCCCACCUUGGCCGCCCCGAUGGCUCCGUCGUUUCGAAGUACUCACUGGCCCCAGUGGCCAAGAUCCUGGAGGAGAAGCUGGGCAAGCCAGUCACUUUCUGCACGGACUGCGUCGGGCCGGAGGUGGAGGCUACGUGCGCUGACCCCGCGGCUGGCAGCGUGAUCCUUCUUGAGAACCUGAGAUUCCACGUGGAAGAGGAAGGCAAGGGAGUUGAUCCCGAGGGCAACAAGAUCAAAGCAGACAAGGAGAAGGUAGCAGCAUUCCGGGCAUCCAUCAGGAAACUUGCGGACAUCUACUGCAACGAUGCCUUCGGAACUGCGCACCGUGCUCACAGCUCCAUGGUUGGAGAGGGUUUCGAUGUGAAGUGCGCCGGCGAUCUCAUGGGCAAGGAGCUCGAGGCUUUCGCAAAGGUCUUGGACAACCCCGCCAAGCCCGUGUUGGCCAUCCUCGGUGGUGCAAAG